AUGCCCAUUGGGGUUAACGCAUCAUUCUACCCAUCAUUCUCCGCCUCGGUAGCUAACGCGUUUUCCAUUCUUUCGGAUCUGGCUUCUCGAAUGGCAGGAACGCUGUCCAUCUCCCAACUGUGUGAGCCACUAAGCGGGUUCCAUAUGAGAGUAAACGUAUUUGAACUCGUCAGUCGGGAUCCAAUUCCAAAGCUGAAUGAUAUGACGAUCCUUAGAAUUUGGCCAUUGAGGCGAAUGACUACAAUUCUGGGCUUCGUAGCGGUUAUACGCAGUCUCCAUAGAGAUUGUCUGCGAGAUAUGCAAUUAGAUAUCCUCCAUAGAAUAAUGGAAAACGAAGGAGUGUCGGCCCAUAAAUUCGUGGGCCAUGCCCACACCUUGCCAACUCUCCGCAUUGCCGACCAUCCCGUCGCACCAUUCCCCUCACUCCAAGAGCUGGUCUUCGAAACCGCUUCAGAAAAACCUGAUGGUAGAUGGUUCUAUCAACACGAUGCCUCUGAAGAUUACCCUCUCAAUACUAAUGUUGUCAUUCAUAACCAGUUUCAAUCACUGCCCCGACAUCAUCACUUUUUUAUCACCCCUAAUGGGUGCCGUGGAAGAUUUCAAGCGCCUCCAUUAACUACGAAGAGAUUUAUUACCCUUUUAUCGGUUGUGUUUUUGAACUUUGGUGUCUCCUAUUGGAGACCUUGGGAAGGAGCCCAAGCAGCGUGGUGUGGGAUUCUAGGCCCUAAUGCGAAGAUCAAGUUUCUCGAUGAGAGAAAGAGGAUAUGCGAAAAUAGACCGGGCAAUCUGGAUUUGUCCUUAAAAAUUCCGAGGUCGGACAAGGGAGUCGCUUAUGGACUAUCCCCUUAA